AUGUACGACUUCUAUUACACCAAACUGCUGAACGACCCAUCCAAAUUUGAGCCUCGGGCGGGCAACAGAUGGGUCGAGGUGUGGGAGCCUGAUGAUGGCGGCGGGCUGGUGUUGCUUGACCGCGAAAUUGCCGAGUCCGAGAUCACCACCAAGAUAGCUGCCCAUGCCUCUUUACAAUCAGAUAAGGCGGUAGACAACGAUCUCAGCAAUCGUCGUCUCCGACUCCAGCUUCUGAUUGGCAGCCCAGAGCAGCAUAAAAGCGACGCGCAGAUUCUACCCCUGCCAAUCUCUCAAAACACCUUUGAGGCCGUCAGAACCACUUGGAAUAUGCCCACAGAGCUGCUGCGCAUGAUGCUAAGCACACUACCAAUAGCCACAGAAUUCCAGACCCAGACUUUGACAGGGGAAUUGAUCACAGGGCUUAUGGCCAGGAGUGCAAGAUCGAGAGACUGGAAUUUUUGCCUUGGUCUUGUCUAUAAUGAGGACACCAAAGUCAUCUCCGGCAUCGUGAACGGUAUGCAAGCUGAUGAGACGACACUGAUGCUCAAAUGUAUCCAGGAGUCCACCGACUAUCUGCAAGAUCCCAUGCUGCUACCAGUAUUUUUGCUGGAGCUAAAGGUCCACUAUUUCGCCGUGCUUCUUGAAUCGCGCGCUCAAGGCAUUGAGGAGCUUGAGUAUAGAACUGGCAUGAGACAUGGCUUCUCUACCAAUCCCAGCCGAAAUGCAGCAAGAGAUAGGGCAAGAGAAAGACUCCUGAAAGAGCUCAACUUUGAUGAAAUCACUCAAAAGCUUACAGGCGUAACUGGAACUUUGUCGUUUUGCGACAUGACAUUUGCUUCUAGCCUUAGAGCUUUGGAGAUGAUUUGCACUGUCCGAAAUCGACUCAAUCACAAACGUCUCGAUGGCAUCGGCUCUAACGUCCAGAAUGGCGUUGACACGAGAAUUUCGUAUCUGCGUGAAUUGAUUGUUGGUGCUCAACUUCAUGGACAGGUCUUGUCAGCCCGGACGCGGGCUCAAGUCCAGACCGUCUACAGCAUGAUCGGUCAAAAGGAUAAUAAGCUCAACAUCGAGACCGCGGCAACUUCCCAAACGAUUGCUAGAACAGGCCUUGAUCACAGCAACGCCAUGAGAGACAUGGCUGAAGAUUCGAGGAAUGUUGCCAUUCUCACCCGCAAGGACAGCACUGAUAUGCGCAUCAUUGCAGUUGUGACCUUGCUGUUUCUUCCAGGCACUUUUGUAGGUCCUUUUUCUCAUCAACUUCUCGUGGCUCGCUCGAACCUUUUUGAUUCAGAGGCUCUGAAUCAGAGCCAACCUCGCAAUGUUCGAAGACCAUAUAUCAACUCUGGCUUCUUCAUGUUUCUCCCUCGAGAUUCCGACCAGGUUGUUUCAGAGUGGAUAUGGCUAUACUUCGCCUUGACUGGAGCGUGCACCUUUGUGGUCUUUUUGGCAUGGUAUCUGUCAUCCAAGAGACAGAACAAGGAGAUGCUGACCGUGAUGAAUGGAGACAAACGUCCGUCAGUGCCAGCAAAUGUUUUGCUGGAACCUGAGCACGGGGUGGCCAUGAUGAUCACGACACCACCGGCUCCUUCGCCCUUGUGGAUGGAGCGCUCCAGAUCAACUGGUGAUAUCGACCCGUUUGUGUCUUUGGGGAGCACAUCGGACCCUCUCAAAUAA